CUAGAGCGGCUUUGUCACAGAAGUCUCAAACUGAGUGCGGGUCUUCAUCAUCUCAAAAACAUGCAAGGAGGGAUAUUUAUGUUGGUGAUUCUGCUCCCUCUACUCUGUCUUCUCGCUGUCUACAUACUCCGGGACAGGUUGUGUAGCUGUAUGCGGGAUAUCUUGCGCGUGGUACAAACCAGAGCUUCAUUGAUGUACAUAAAUAUGAAAAAGAAGUCCAAAUCUGAGUACUGUGAACAGAACUUUAUCAAUAAGCGUUCUGUAUAUACACAGUCGGGAACUGGCCAGUUCUCUUUAAUGGGCGAGCACGUGUACGUUGAGAUCAUAGAUCAUCCUAUCUACACAGAAGCUUAUGAUAGACCGGCUUGCACUCCGCCUAGCACUCUGCCUCCGAGUCUGUCUGCCUCGAAUAUGUAUCUUACGUCACUUGCAUCAGAUAUAACCAUUGACCAGAUGCAGUGGAGUGCAGAUGAAGGCAGCGGUGAAGACUCAGGUCAAUGCGGCCGAGAAGCUCAAGGUGAAAUAACUAAAGAAGAUCAAGGUCGUGUCAGCAAAGGUCAGGGUCAUGCCUGUAAAGAAGGUCAAGAUCAUAUCAGUAAAGAAGGUCAAGGUCAGGGCAAUUUCAGGGAAGAGAGAAGGGGAUGCAUCCUUGGUGAUGAAGUACUCCGGGUAAAAGACCAGGGGCAGCUCACUGAAAGCCUGAACUCUACAUUAUCCACAGGCCAAUAUGUGUCGCAUGAUGCCAUUCUUAGAUAUAAUAAGGGUAUAGUGACGUCGUUGGGUGUAGGAAAAGGUGGACAAAAUGUUGUUCAGCUACACGACACGCCCCCAGGACGGUUCCGGGACGGAGGAUCUCCGGACUCGACUCUUGGAGACAAGGGUCAACAUAAGGAAGGAGAUUUACUGAAUGAUAGGAUUACGUCUGAAUGUUCAACCAAGCAAAGUACAAGUGAUGUUGGUAAUUGUGAGACGGUGAAAUCGUGUUCCCAAAUGUCUUCUCCUUGUACAGAAUCCGAUACCCUGCAGUAUUUAUGUCCAAACUGUGGACAUCGGCCGAUAUUUCAUCAACACGGUCGUGUGACACAUAGAUGAGUUUCGGUUGCUGACGUUACUUAACGUCGAAACGUCGCUUUGCUAUUCACUAAGGACAUGCCUGGCGCCCGGACGUUUACAUCGGUACAUGUAUCCCUAAAGUCACAAACAUGUACUACUUGACUGUGUCAUCCUAUGGAACACUUUACCAUGUUUUACGGCCUAUUCUUCAAAUGCAAACAUUUAUUUGUUUGUGUUUUUUAAGAAAUAAAAUAGUGUGAAAAGUCUGUAAAAAAAUAAUAUCAUUAGAAGGAUUAAUAAGUGAAAGUUCAAGUGGCAAUAUUCUCGAACGGUGCGGUAGGAGAGAUUACAGUAUUAUAACCUUAUUUUCCAGCGGGAAUGAUAAGAAGGGUAAGUUCCACUUGUUUCAAAGUAAAUGUAAGCCCAACACAUUUUAAUCGUAGUAUAUACGUUUUAAAUGGAGGCUUAAAUUGAUGUAACACGUCAUAAUUUAAUUUGGAAACCAGAAACUGUCCCUACUUUUCCUUGCUCAAUAUCCACCCCAGGACAACUUCCGGUGGUUAAGGGAUGUUAUAAAGGCAUGUUCUCAUUUCGCCUAUAUCCCAAUUCGCCUACAGUCUUAAAACAACAUUUCAUGGUCUGUUGACUGUUGAUUAAGCAAUGGUAAACUAG